AUGCCAGACUUGAAUGAGCUUGCAGAGGAUGUCUCUCACUAUGCUGAAGAAGCAAAACGUGGUAUAUCGAACAUCGCAAAGCGGCAAUGGAGACUCCGCUUCACCAACUCCUGUCGCGUCUGCAAUGAUAUGAACUUGAAAGGUCAUGAGGGAAUGCAAGUCGUCGGAUGGCUUCCUCUUCGCUUCACAGACAUUCAAGAUGGUGCACGUCGAGGUUGCUGUUACUGUGCAUUGCUGGUGAGCGUGUGCAGCUACUAUGUCCCUGGAGUGGGUGACUGGGCGCAGAAGUCGCCCCGAGUGGAGCUGGAACUGCAAGUACAGUAUGGUGAUCUGAAGGUGUUGGAGAUUGAUCUUAGUCAGAACGUCCCAGGACAGUGGCUCACAGCGCAAGCCCUCAGACGGUUAGAGAUAUAUGCCUCAAGUGGACACUACAUCCCGUUUUGGCCACAACUGGGGAACACUCUCGACCUGUCUUCGCAUUCGGGAUCCCAGGAAUGCUACGAAUUUCUUCGAAAGCGCAUAGCACUGUGUUUAAGCGGUCAUCAGAGUUGCAAGGCUCUCAAAACACCGUUGCCAACUCGUGUCAUUGACGUUGAGCUCCCUGCAACUCAAGACGUCAAACUACACGAGCUCAGAGCCUUGGAAGGUACAGGCCGGUACAUAGCUCUCAGCCAUUGCUGGGGUGGUCAUGAGAUCAUCAAAACUACAUCAAGCAACUUGACUUCUAUGAAGAAGAACAUCAAAUGGGAUAUCUUGCCUCGAACUUUCCAAGAUGCGAUCAGUAUCGCUCGAGAACUCCAGGUCAGAUGGGUCUGGAUUGAUUCCCUUUGCAUUCUGCAGGAUGACAAGGCGGAUUGGGGAGUGGAAGCCGCGCAAAUGGGAAAUUACUACCAGAAAGCUUUUCUCACUGUUGCAGCUGCCUCAUCGCCCAAUCCUGCAACGUCUUUCCUCUGUCCCCGGGAUCCCAAAAACCUCCACCGAGACUUCCGAAUCUCGUACAAAGGUGACACCCAUCAAGUCAAAGUUAGACCGUUAUUACGAGAGCGAUAUGUGGCAUACAAGGUGGAUAAGAGUAACAAAGGCGAGGAACACGAGCAUAAAUUUGGUCCGCUCUCCACACGUGCUUGGUGCUGGCAGGAGAACUCGUUAUCAACCAGGAUCGUGCAUUACACACCAACCGGACUUGUCUUCGAAUGUCAAGGCGACGAAGAAGUUCACGUUGAAGAUCACAGCCGUUUACCAACGUCAUGGGUCGCUAGUCUGCCUCGAGCCUUUUCCGUCAGUGGCAGCCAACCAUUCGUGCAGUGGCAUGAGCUUGUCAAGACGUAUUCAGAGCGCAGUCUCACUUUUGCUUCAGAUAAACUUCCAGCAAUUAGCGGUGCUGCAGAGAGAAUACAUCAGAUCACAGGCUCAGUGUAUCUUGCUGGAUUGUGGAAGGAUGUUAUUGCACGGGAUCUUCUCUGGUCCGCAGAUACUUGGGGGGUUGAGAAAGUAGGGGCAUUUACACGUCCACCACCAAUAUCGACAGAGAACGGUUGUCCGUCAUGGUCAUGGGCUUCCCUAACCGGUCGUCUCGAAUACAAAAACAACUUCCACCUAUCCGGCCGAUCACUCAUCACCGUCCUCGAUACCCACGCGUCACUGACAAGCACCAACCCCUUCGGCCAAGUCUCUGACGCCUCAAUAACCCUCACUGGCUCCUUUAUCACCGCCACGAUCAACACCCCCAUCCCAACCGGCUACUUCAACUACACCAUGUGGCCCGACCAAACUUAUCCCAAAGCAUGGGUCAGCAUGACACCUGACACCGUAUUGGAAAACUGCGAGGUGCGACUCCCCAAUGGCGAGGUCGAAUCAACGCUUCGACGAUCUUGUGUCAAGGCGGGAGGAAAUCCUUCGGUGUUUGGGAAGGUUCAUUGUUUGAUGGUGUAUGAGGACAAGGGAGAUGUGUAUGGGAUUGUUCUUGUUAGGUCUGAUAUCGUGCCAGGUGCUUUUGCCAGAAUUGGAUAUGCGAAUGGUUGCGGCAAGUGGAAUGACCAUAAGAAAGAGCAGAGGACGAUCACCAUUGUUUGA